AAUGCGUCGUCAAUGUCCGAGUCCCGCCAUCCGUCCCCGCCAAGAGUCCGGAGUAGAUUCCACUGCUGGGUUCAUUCCACAUUUACUUCAACACCAACCUAACCUACCACCUUCAUUAUCUCGACACCGUGACUCUUUCCCAACACCUAACCUCAUCACGAACCGCCCCAACACAACCGAAUCACCUCUUCUACCACCAGAACUCCACUCCCCUUCUCCCAUCGCAAUCGAACAUCCUAACCUCAACAAUGCCGUGAACCUAACCUAGUAUUCAUUCAACCACGCGCAUCCUCCCCACACCAUUCCACAGCCAUCACCAACCUCAUACGACCACCUACCACCUCACCACCUCAACCGGGCCCACCAAAAUGCCCGAACCAAUCGACCAAACCUCACCUCCACCCCGACCCCCUCACCCUCCCUCCCAAGACAACCAGCACCAGCACCAACAACAACCCCGCCGCAAAAGAUUCCGCUUCAAAUCGCCCUCCCGCCCCAGCUCCAGCUCCAGACCCAACCCCAACCCCAAAGACCCCCACGAAAAAGAAACCCGCCACACCGCGCACCGCGCCCGCCGCGCGCACCGCAACCGCCACCGCCACCGCACCCCCAAAACCCCCGAAACCCCGGACCCAGCCUCCACCCCCCCAACAGCACAGCUAGACCCCGACACCGCCUUCCGGGAAUCCCUCUUCGACGCCCUCGGCGACGACGAAGGCGCCACCUACUGGGAAUCCGUCUACGGGCAACCGAUCCACACGUACGCCGUCCCCAGCAUGCCCACGGGCCCCGCGGGGGAACUCGAGCAGAUGGACGAGGAGGAGUACGCGGCCUACGUGCGGAGCAAGAUGUGGGAGCGGACGCGGGAGGGGAUGCUCGAGGAGCAGGCGCGGUUGCGGGCGGAGCGGGACCGGAAGCGUCGGCGGGAGAAGACACAGCGGCAGCGGCAGGCCGGGGAGAAUGCCCGCACGGCGUUCGAUGAGGCCAUCGAGGCGAGUCUGCGGCGCGGGAGGGAGCGGAAGCGCGAACGGGCGUGGAAGGAGGCGUGGGAGGCUUAUCGGGGGUGUUGGGGGAGGUUGGAUGGGGCUGUUGCUGCUGCUGCUGUUGCUGGUGGUGGUGGGGGCAAGAAGGGCAGUUUCCGCAAUCUCGUCUUCUGGCCCGUGGACUCGGGGAAGCGCAGGGAUGUGAGCAAGGAGAAUGUGGAGGGGUUUAUGCGGCAUUCCCCUCAGGCUGCCAACGGGCCGUCGGAGUUGUUGGCCGUGCUGAAGGCGGAGCGCGUUCGCUGGCAUCCGGAUAAGAUCCAGCAGCGGUAUGGAGUGCUCGGGAUCGAGGAGGCGGUGCUGCGCUCGGUGACGGAGGUGUUUCAGAUCAUCGAUCACUUGUGGAAUGAUCUUAGGACCAGGGAAUCUGCCUGA